GCAUCGAUCUUGUGAGAAGGGGUUGAAAAGUGGAGGUGGUGGGGGCUUGGGGCGCAGCGUGGCUGUCAUCAAUGUUGCAGAAACUGGGAAUUCGCUCUCGUUCUUCGGAGCAAGUAGUAGCGAGGGUGAAAGGGUAUCAUGAUUUAGCGAAGGAGUUGAUCUCCAAAGGGGUGGAUAAGGAGGAGAGGGGUCGGCCAAUGGAGGCGCUGCCUUUCUACAAACAAGGUUUGCAGGUCAUCCAGGAAGGUUUGGAAAUACCGAUCCCCAAGGACUCGGAGCUGACGGCGAGGCAGCGAGAGGAGAUCGAACGGUGCACAGGGGACGUACUGAAGUGGAACGCGGACGUGCAGGAACGUGUGCAGGUCAUCGAGAGCUUGGGAGCAUCGGAGUCCUCCGGGAGAGGAACGGCAGCAGCAGCAACAACAGCAGCAGCCUCGCCAAGAGCGGCGGCGCAGUCGCGGCCGUCAUGGGCGGGGGGAGGGGGGGGGGGGGGAGGAGGUAGCGGAGGAAGCGCAAGGCAGCCGCCGCAGUCGCUGGCAGCUGUUCCGCCAUCUCCAUCCACGCGGGGAAGAUCUGCUGCGGCAGUUUUGCCGAGCACGGCGGCGAGGGGAUCGGGGUUGUUGGCUGCGCGGGGAAGCGGAGCCAACCGCGGGCGCGCGCCGCCUCUGUCCAGCAGCAACGGUAAUAGGACAGCGGCAGGGGGAGGGCGCCUGUUGUCAUCAGGCAGGACGGUUGGCAGCGGACGCGGAGCAGCAGCAGCAGCAGCAGCUGCAGGAGGAGGAGGAGGAGGACGGAGCAGCAACAGGUCUUCUCCUACUCCUGGAGGUGCGCUUGUAAGAAGUGGGGGAGCAGGAGGGACAGGAGGAGGAGGAGGAGGAGGAGGGGGUGGGAACGCAAGUUUGGCGACGGCGGGGGGAAGGACCCGCAAUGGAGCGGCGGCCGUGGCAAGGAAUCCUGUGAGAGGCGUGGAUCCCAAGUUUGUGGAGAUGAUCGAGAGCGAAAUCGUCGACCGCAGUCCCUCGACGGACUGGGAAGAUAUCGCUGGUCUGGACCACGUGAAGCAAGUGCUGACGGAGAUCGUCAUCCUCCCUUCCCGCCGAUCUGAUCUGUUCAGGGGUUUACGGGCUCCAGCGAAGGGGAUCUUGUUGUACGGCCCCCCCGGGAACGGCAAGACCAUGCUGGCCAAAGCCGUGGCGCGGGCGGCAGGCGUGACGUUCUUCAGCAUCAGCGCGUCAUCCUUGACCUCCAAAUGGGUGGGAGAGGGGGAGAAGCUGAUGCGGGCCUUGUUCGCGGUGGCGGCGGCGAGGCAACCGUCCGUUAUAUUUAUCGAUGAGAUCGAUAGCAUAUUGUCGGUGAGGAGUUCGGGGGAGCACGAGGCGAGCCGGCGGCUGAAGACCGAAUUCCUUGUGCAGUUUGAUGGGAUGAAUAGUGGAGGGGAGGAGGACAGAGUGAUCGUGAUCGGGGCGACGAACAGGCCGGGGGAACUGGACGAUGCCGUCAGACGGCGGCUGGUUCGGCGCAUAUACAUUCCGCUGCCCGACGCCAAGGCGCGGAGAGCGCUGCUGACUCAUCUGCUCAAGGGGCAGGCCUUCUGUCUUCCCGAGAGGGAUCUGGAGAAGAUCGUGGUCGCCACGGAUGGGUACUCUGGCAGCGAUCUGCACGCGGUGUGCAGAGAAGCUGCGAUGCAACCGAUCAGAGAGUUAGGCUCUAGCGUCAGCACCGUGCAGGCCGAUGAGGUGAGACCCCUCGCCCUUGCGGAUUUUAAAGUCGCCCUCAAGGCCAUAAAACCUAGUGUGUCCAGGGCGCAGCUGGCGGCGUUCGAGCAAUUCAGUCUCGAGUUCGGCGCGGCGUGAGUGUGAAAGACACUGAUCGACGGAUGGCUGGCUCAGUUGGUUGCCGCCGGAUGAUUAUUGCCUCCCACCCAUCGAAUCGACCGGUUGUGUGUUGGUAGCACGGGCAAGGUCCCAAUUGCACGGAUUAAGAGAUUCUGGCCGUUGAUCUUUGCAAUCUACGGUCAAUGUCGCUUAAUUCGUGUAAGUGGGACCUAGCCCCAGGACGU